AUGUUGUCCAAGCUGGCCUUUGUCCUUGCUUCUGCCAACGUCGCACUCGCGGCACCAGCACUCGAUUCACUCGAUGCCCGUCAGGCCGUUACAAUCGCUAUAGACUCCAGCAAGACCUACCAAACAAUCGAUGGCUUUGGAAUUUCCCAAUUCUAUGGACGCGCUGCGAACAUCAAGAGUCUGGCGCCCGCGGCUCAGAAGCAGACGCUUGAUCUUCUCUUCAGUCCUACUGCUGGUGCGGGUUUUAACAUCUUGAGAAACGGCAUCGGAUCUGGCCCCUCGAGUGGUUACUCUAUCGAGCCCAACAGCCCUGGAUCGCCUACAGGGACACCAAAGUACCAGUGGGAUGGCGCCGACAACGACCAGGUUUGGUUGACCCAGCAAGCGCAGACCCGCGGCCUGAAAUUAAUCUACGCCGAUGCCUGGUCCGCUCCCGGGUACAUGAAGUCCAACGGCAAAGACUCGAACGGAGGGUACCUCUGCGGCGUGACAGGCACGUCGUGCGGAAACUGGACCCAAGCCUACGCCAACUACCUUACCCAAUACGUCAGGGACUACAAGAAGGCGGGCAUUUCCAUCACCCAUCUCGGCUUCCUGAACGAGCCCGACUACACCACGGCGUAUUCCUCUAUGCUUUCGGACGGUGCGCAGGCUGCCGAAUUCAUCAAAGUCCUUGCUCCAACCGUCAAAGCAGCCGGCCUCGACGUAAAGCUCACGUGCUGCGACGCCACUGGCUACAAUGUCCAGAAGACGAUGCUCACCGGGCUCGGUGCAGUCGACUCUCUGUACGACGUCGUCACCACACACGGAUAUUCGUCUGACCCCACGGCGCCGUUUGCUUCUUCGAAGCACGCGUGGAUGACUGAAACUGCUGAUCUCAGCGGUAAGUGGACCACCAGCUACUACACCAGCGGCGGAAAGGGCGAGGGCCAGACGUGGGCGGAGAAAAUCUACACGGCGCUCGUCAAUGCCAACUUCUCCGCGUACCUAUACUGGGAAGGCGCGGAAGACGCGGGGACCUCGCCCACCAACUCGGCACUUAUCAACCUGCACGGCGGCGUCGUUACGCCUAGCAAGCGCUUCUGGGUCUACGCGCAGUGGAGCCGCUUCGUCAGGCCAGGUGCUGUGCGCAUCGGUGCGAGUGCAUCUACAAGCUCGCUCAAGGUAUCUGCGUUCAAGAACACAGAUGGCUCUGUUGCGGUGCAGGUCUUGAACACUGGCGCUUCAGCCGCAACGGUCAGUGUUAGUGGUGUCAAAGGCACCGCUUCGGCGUACAUCACGAGCGAGUCUCACACGCUGGAUGCCAUGACUGGCACUAGCGUGCCUGCUCACUCCAUGGUUACCUUCCUUUACAAGUAA